AGACUUUCUGACAAUGAGUAUAACAUGAAAAAGAUGUAACAUAAAUAAUACAUAAAUAAUUCAAGUAUAAUUUAAUGAAAUUCUUCUAUCGUGAGAAAAAAAAAUCAAUGAAAAUUGAAUCGGAGCGCCCGUCGAGAUUACUGUCCCAGCAUCCCAGAUGGCGCGUCGCGUCAUCUCGUUGGACAGUUCAAGUUCGCUAUCUCACGCGGGUAGAUGAAAAGAAGAAAAAAAGCGAUUGAUGAACCGCGAUGCUCUCGCGAACGACGCGAACUGCUGUUUAAUAGUUCUGUCAGGUGUAGUUUCACCAAAGCUGUGCGGAGUCGGUUAAUGAAAUCGCUCGAUCGUGAUAACUCCUCGUAAAAAUCACGUACGCAAUUUGUGGUUUCUCUAAUCUAAUUCGCUCCGAUAUCGAAUAUGCAGUAGUCCAGCUCGAGUCGGGGGAUCGUUGCUGAAAUUCCGGAGUUCAGUAAUCGUAAAUAAUCGGAGAUUAACCUCCGACAUGUCGGCGUCCGAGACGGCGGUGAUUUUUGCGAAGCUGGAGGCUUUAAAAGACAUUAGGUCAAAAACCCUUCAAUUGGAGAAACUGAAACAGAGAAUAUUGCAAGAGGUGGAACAGACCGAGCAAGAGGAGAAAUGUUUGUUAGAAUAUAAGCAAGAAAUGGAUCUGUUGAUGCAGGAGAAAAUGGCACAUGUAGAGGAAUUGCGUCAGAUACACGCAGAUAUUAAUGCGAUGGAAUCGGUGAUCAAGCAAGCAGAGGAAGCGCGUAACAGGGCGAGGGAAACUGCAAAACUGAUUCAUAAUAAUGAUUAUCAACCACUAAAGCAUGACAUUGACCGUAUGCGAAGGGAAUUUUUAGGUUUAGAAAGGUUACCAGAGUUAUAUGAGACUGAGUCGGAUCUUAUCUCCCCUGAACGGUUUGUUCAUAGCUACUUUGAACGGCCAAUGCAAAAGGCAGAAUGGAGAGUGGAAGUACGGGGUGAUGACUUGUUACCACCACUUGGGCUACAUCAUCCUGGGCAUCCAGGUGGUUCUACACCUUUCCUAGCUCCACAACCCCUUCAAGGGCCGAGCAAACCAGAGCCUAGACCAUUACCACCAGCCCCAGGGCCACCCGCUCCAACAUUCAGGUACCACUGGCAACAACCGCCACCUAUGAAGUCCUGCCUUUCAUGCCAUCAACAAAUUCACAGGAAUGCACCAAUUUGUCCACUUUGCAAAGCGAAAUCGCGUUCGCGUAAUCCUAAGAAACCAAAGAAGAAAGAUUAAUUGUAAUUAUAAGAUUAUUUGUGUAGAGAUGUGCGAAUUACUCAAAUAUGAAUGGAAUCUGAAAUCAAGUAAGACUCGAUUUGAUUUUGAAUUUCUGUGAUUCAUACUGUUCGAAAAUUUUGAAUCUAAGAGUUUCAAAUACGAGUUAUAUAUUGACAAUCUUAUAAAUCAUAUUUAAAAUGACUAUAUCAUAUAUCAGUAUUGUUCUUACUAUAGAAUUUUUUUUAUUUAUUAUUAAAAUUCAACCUAACAGUAAUUAUGCUGUUAAUUAAGUUAAAUCUCAACGAUUUGAUUCAGUUCAACAUGAAAAAAAAUCUUGAUUCGCACGUCUCUAAUAUUAUUUGUAUGAAUAAUCUGCAUUUCUACAAUUCAUCACAGACAGACAUAUAUUAAUCAUUUUUGUAAUCCAUAGUAACCAUGCACUCUUAUUAUAUCAUUAGCAUUUAUAAGUGAUAGCACAGCAUUUAUAAGAAGCUAUGUGUUUAUAUAAUGUGUCAAUUUUUUGACGAGUUUCUUUUUUAGAAUUAAAGGUUUUAUUAUAUUCAUGUUAUGAGUAUAUAAGAAGAAAUGUAAAAGAAAUGAUAGUCAAUUUCUACUACUACUACAAUAGAGAAAUAAAAAAUUUAAUAUUUGACAACUAA